AAGGGUGAAAAACAGAACGCUAAUCGCCAAUUCGUCGUGGCCAUAUAAGUAGGAGGAGCGAAGCAAAGAAGAGGGGUGCUUUACUACCCGAUAACAUCUCACCCUUGUGAUCAGCACAACAUCGAUGACUUGAAUCAUUUUGCAAGCGAAGAUCACUACAGUUUUAGUCUUUCUCGAGAGAAGUCUUCGAACUUAUGUCGUAGUAUAGUUGCCUUUGCGGUUGUUAUAGCUUUUUUCUUGUAAUUUUUUUAACGUUUCGUUUCGUAUUUCGUGAAGUACAUACAUAGAUUCGAGACGUUUGUUCAAUACCAGUACUCCAGUUCGCGAAAUUUCACUUUUUUUAAAAACGUUGUGAUCGAUCAUCAGUUCCAAUUUAUUCAACGUUUCGUUUCGUUUCCAACCAGCGCAGUAUUUUCGAUCUUCAAUCCAGAAGAGCUCGUUUAGUUGAUCUCUACCAAAUUUUAUUUUACCGACACGAUGGAUCAGGAUGGAAACUUGUACCCAGAAUUGAUCGCGCUGCAAAGACAGCUUUCGAUGAAUCGACGGGCACCUUCGGUUCCAGUUGUUCAAUUAACAGCCGCUGAUGCAUUUGCCAAUGCUCUCGAUGGAUCUCGGUUAUCACACCGCCAGCAUCCUUAUCGGCUUAUACCAUCGACAGCCUACCCUUCGAGGACGCCGACAUAUCAACCAGUAACAUCGAUGCGCUCAUCAUCAACACGAAAUUCCGUGAAUAAUCAUCCUCAGCCUAUUCCGCCUACACCACCGAGAGUCCGAAACGGCAUCGCCGAAGGUUACAUUCCAUAUUUGACACCAGCGGACCUCGCUCGCGAUCCUGCUCGUCUUGCUUUAUUAGAUCGAGCUUUCGAGAUUUUCUCGUCUCAGAUGGAGCAUAUGCGAUCAUCCUAUCCUACUUCGGCUCAAUCUCAAAACGGUUACUCUUCGCCACAGCUUCCUAUUCCAUCAACCGUUCCUGCUCCUGCUCCUGCUCCAGAUCAAUCUCACAACAGUUAUUCUUCUUCGCUGCAUCGUAUUCCACAUCCACCAUCCCCUCCUACUCCAUCCCAAUCACCACUUUCAUUCUGCUCAGAAGACGAAUCAUCGCAGUCAGAUGAUGAUCUAAGAGAUCCUGUGAUUGACAUUAAUACGCCACCGGCCAUUUCUGACCUGCUUCUGGCUGCCAUUGAAGUAAAGCCGUUCAUGCUACCAGGAGAAAAUCGCCGUCCGGAAACAUUUGUGACCCAGUUUGAAACAUAUGCGGAUUUGCUAAGGCUGAAUGAUGAGCAGAAACGAGUGCUUUUUGCCAGGUACGCUUACAGAGACAACGACUUGCGUUUCAAAGCCCUGAAAUACGAUUUUACAUACGAGGACGCAAAAACCUCCUUCCUGGACUUGGUCCGCAAUAACGUAUUGUAAUCUCCUUUGGGAAAAAUUUCGAACUAUAAAGGAUCCGAAAAAAUCUGGUUUUAUGAAGUGCGUAGGAACAAUGUUUUGUAAAUAGUUGAGCUUGUACUUAAGUUUGUUUUUUUGAAUGUACGGUUUUUUUAAUUCCUUUUUUAUGUUUCGAUGUUUUAUUUUUACCUAUUCAUUUUUUCAACGUAUUCUAUAAUCAUUUCUGUGGUACAUAGAUAUCUAUUAUUUAUUAUAGAUAUACUCAUUAUGAUUUUAUGCACAUACUUAUUACAAUUUAUCAUUUAUUUUUAAAUGAUUGUUGCACUAUUUUUUUUUUAAAUUUGUACAUAAACUGUUUUAAGUUUGAAUUCAAAGUGCAAAAUAU